AUGAGUUGUGGAAAAGAGUUUGUGGACACAUUAAAAAAAAUUAAUUAUCCCAAAGCUGAUAUUCUUAAUGGGGAAGAUUUUGACUGGUUGUUUGAGACGGCUGAGGAUGAAUCGUUUUUGAAGUGGUUUUGUGGGAAUGUGAAUGAACAGAACGUAUUGUGUGAAGAAGAAUUGGAAGCUUUUAGCGUUCUUCAGCAAUCAGGCAAGCCCAUCCUAGAGGGAGCAGCAUUGGAUGAAGUUCUUAAAACCUGUAAAACUUCUGAUUUGAAGACACCUAUCCUGGAUGACAAAGAGCUAGACAAAUUAGAGGAUGAGAUCCAAACUCUGCAGAAAUUAAAGAACCUGAAAAUUCAGCGACGUAAUAAAUGCCAGUUGAUGGCUUCGGUAACUAGCCACAAAUCUCUGAGGUUAAAUGCUAGAGAAGCAGCAGCCUCUAAAAAGCUGAAGCAGAGUCAAGGGAUUCUUAAUGCUGUGAGUACUAAGAUCAGUAAUGAACUUCACGCUCUUACUGAUGGAGUUACAAAAUUGAUGAUGUUCUUCAGACAUUCUAAUUUGGGUCAAGGGACAAAUCCUCUGGUGUUUUUAUCUCAGUUGUCCUUGGAAAAAUAUCUCAGCCAGGAAGAGCAAAGCACAGCAGCAUUGACCUUGUAUACCAAAAAACAGUUCUUUCAGGGUAUACAUGAAGUAGUUGAAAGUUCAAAUGAAGAAAACUUUCAACUUUUGGAUAUACAAUCACCAUCUAUUUGUGAUAAUCAAGAAAUCCUUGAGGAGAGACGGCUAGAGAUGGCAAGGCUGCAGCUAGCAUACAUUUGUGCUCAACAUCAGUUAAUUCACUUGAAAGCAAGUAAUUUGAGGAUGAAGUCAAGUAUAAAGUGGGCAGAGGAGAAUCUUCACAGCCGCACUAGCAAGGCUCUUGGCAAAGAUAAUUUGGAUGCUGAAGUUUCUAGUUUGAAAAGUGAGAUUCUGAAACUUGAAGAACAAAUUGCUCGUAUAAAAGACAAAAGUUUGCCUGCUGUGGUAAAAGAGAAUGCCCAGUUAUUGAAUAUGCCAGUUGUAAAGGGAGAUUUUGAUCUGCAGAUUGCUAAGCAAGACUAUUAUACAGCAAGACAAGAGUUAGUUUUAAAUCAGUUGAUAAAACAAAAGGCAUCAUUUGAACUUCUCCAGUUAUCAUAUGAAAUUGAAUUAAGAAAGCAUUGGGACGUAUAUCGUCAACUUGAAAAUUUGGUUCAAGAACUUAGUCAAAGCAAUAUGAUGCUCCACCAGCGAUUAGAAAUGCUAACAGACCCAUCAAUAUCUCAGCAGAAAAAUCCAAGGAAUACCAUUGAUACCAAGGAUUCUUCUUCUCAUAGGCUUUAUCAACUUUUAGAAGGAGAGAAUAAGAAAAAAGAAUUGUUUAUAACCCAUGAAAACCUGGAGGAAGUGGCUGAGAAAUUAAAACAGGAUGUUUCUUUAGUACAAGAUCAGUUGGUAGUAUCUGCUCAAGAACAUUCUUUCUUUCUGUCCAAACUGAAUAAUGAUGUGGACAUGCUUUGUGAUGCUUUGUAUCAAGGAGGAAAUCAGCUUUUGCUUACUGAUCAGGAGUUAAUGGAGCAGUUUCAUCAAGUUGAAUCUCAACUGAAUAAGCUAAAUCAUCUCCUUACUGAUAUUCUUACUGAUGUGAAGACAAAAAGAAAAAUUUUGGCAUCUAAUAAAUUGCAUCAAAUGGAAAGAGAAUUAUAUGUUUAUUUUUUAAAAGAUGAAGAUUAUCUGAAAGAUAUCGUGGAGAAUUUAGAAAACCAAUCAAAGAUUAAGGCUGUUGGUCUCCAAGAUUGAAAAUUACUAAAAACUGAGUCCUUACCACAUAUGCUAUGUUUUAAUGUUUUAUGUAUUAAGAGAAUAAACACUACUAAAAUUUUAAGUUUGAAGUCAAUGGAACAUUUCAUUUAAUGAAUUGAAGUAUUAUAUCAAUUUGUGGGUUUCCUUAUAUAAUGUUUGUUCAUAGUGCUAGUGCUUUUUAUGACUUGAACAUUUGCCUGGUGAUACUUAAUCCUGGUGACUUCUUACUUACAGGGAAAAAGCAUUAUUAAAUAAUGCAGACAUUUUUAAAUAAAGUUAGUUAUAUCUCUCUUUUACUAUUUUUUUUGAAAUAAAUUUUCUCCUGUUAAAUAUUUUGAAAAUUUGUGGAACUGUGAAUUGACAUGUUAGUAUAUGGAUAGCCAAGUCUCCUCAUAUUUGACUAAAGUAAAAUUCUGUGACUCAGACUAUUCCCCCAUAAUUCCUUGCUAUAGACAGACUCCUUUAAUGUUCCUACUUACAUCACAAGGAACGUCGUCUCCACUGGCCAUUGUUCACUUUAGAAGCUGGGUCCUGGGGACUCAAAAUUUCUUCAAAACAGAUCUCAACGUGCUUGACUUCAUUGUAACUCAUACAUCAUGAAUGGCUUUUAAUGAAAUUUCAAAAUUCCAUAGAAAUGGUUGCUCAAAGGAUUUAUAAUGCUCAUUUAGUCAGUUUCUUUGGAGUAAAAAUGCUUAAGUGUUAGAUUGUAUUAGUUGGGAUACAAAUGUAGUAUUUGGACAAUUAGAAGUUAUUUUAAGACUUGGUAUAAAAUAAUUUGAAGUACCUUAACAGUUACUUACAUCAAAUGCUUCUUGAGUGCUUGACUUCUACAUGGCCUAUGUUAGAUACCAUGUAAGCUUUAUAGAGAAAAGAGAAGAUAUAGAUAUUACCUUCAAGAAUAUUCCUGCUCCAAGAAUAUAGAAUGCCAGUGUAAAAACUAUACAUUUUAGGUGGUCUUUAUGGGAUUUUUUAGCUAUAGCCAUCAGAAAAUGGGUAUGCUUAGGUGACAGCUGAGAGCUGAUAAUUUUUGUAAUCCAUUGAGCAAAAAUGUUUUGCCGAUUAUUGUACAUGUACAUUAUUUAAAAAAUGUUUAUUAACUAGGUCUUAAUAUACUUGAAAAAUUGGUAGCAAUAAAUUUUGUUUAAGAUUUUGA